GCGAACUUAUUUGGCAGGCGACUUUGUAUCUACCCAAAGGGCAACAAUGUGGAUUUUUUGUCAGUUUAUUUAGUUGUUGCAGAUUCAGUAAUAUGGCCUACCGGAUGGAGUAGAUAUGCCUAUUUCGGAAUUGCAGUCAUCGACCAAUUCGAUCGUGAAAAUUCGGAAACACUAGUCACUUCGAAAGAGUUCACGGAGAAUGAGGCUGACUGGGGCUUCCCUUCAAUCCUACCUCUUAUCAAAACUGAUACGGAUAAACUUCAGACCAAGGAAGCUGAUUGUGUUAAGGCAGCCAUGUACAACCAGAAAACUACAUCAACCAAACCAGUUGAAAUCACUAAUCCUUCGCCAACUUCACCUUCUUUCCAGAUUAUGGCUAUUGAACCUGAGGAGCCUACUGAGGAAGAUAUGAACACGUUCUUCACUAGCUUAGAGUCUAAGCUUUGGAGCUCCAACACUACUUUUUCUCGAGAAGAAGCAAAGGAAGCACUGGCCAAAGUUGAGAAAGCCUUGAAUAUGACCCCGGUUAAUUUUUACGAUUCAGGGAAGCUUUCUCCACUUAAGCAUGCAUUCAAGAUACUAGCUAGUUUUGAUUGUUCCUCUACAAUUGGGCAAAAAAACGAGUUGUUGGCCAUGGAGGAGAGCUUGAAAGAACUAGCUGACCGAGCAGCGAAAGCAUUGCAGGACAAGAAUUGCCUUACUGAGAAGGAAUCUAUUAAGUUGACAAUUACGCAUAAAUUGGAUCGUAAUCUAAUCAGAUAUAAGGAGGUGGAAUCAGAGGUAAAACAGGUAGAGAAAAAACUUGCUGCCCUCCAUGUACAAGUUGAAGAAGCACAAAAGAAAAGGGAGAAAAUGUUGGCUGAACGAAAGGAGAUAUUUAAAAGUUCCAAGGAAAUGAAAAUGGAGUUGCAAGCAGUGGAAAAGCAAUGGGCAGAGUAUGAGGUCAAGGCCAAGGUUGCUGAGAAGGAAGAGAAUACUGUUUUGGCUGAAUGGGGAAGAAUGAAAGACUUCAUCUCUUCCAUUAAAGGAAAGAUUUAGAAACUGUUGAUGAAAUGUUUUAGUAUUGGUGUUUUAAGCAAAAGAUUAUAUGCAUAUAAGUAGAUCUCUGAUGUAAACCAUUAGAACAAGUUCAUUUUCUCUUUUUUUUUUCCCCUUCGUCAAAUUUCAUUGAGUGAAAUUAAGUGAAAUUUAGUGAUGAGAA